GCGGAUUACAACUUCAGAGCUGACGGUUGCCAAGUUGUGCUAUUUUUUAGACGCUGACAGAGGACUUUUAAGAUGUGGAAAUUGUCGAUGUUUCUAUUAUUAGUACUUCAAGCUAGUGUACACUGUAGAGGCUAUAAAUGUGAUGGUACGGAAGCCACUAAAUGUCAAACCGGACUCUUGGAGAAAAUUGGAAAAGAUAGCAGAGGUUUUCCUAAAGCUGUCCUUAAUGAACAUUGCAGGAGCUUACGCCAAAACAUGGCAUGUUUGAUUAAAGAACUUACAAACUGCAUAAACAACGAGAUAAAAGAGGAAACUCGAAAUAUCUUGAAGAAGGCAAGAAAAUAUGUUGAAAAAGAAUGUCAUCAAAGUGAAGAAUGGGCAACGAACCAAUGCUUCCAGAAAGCACAGUUGACAAGUUGUCUAGAUGAUCCAAACCUAUUCAACAGAACAACAUUGUCGAGAGACACCUGUGGGAAAUAUGUGAACUACAGAAACUGCGUUUCGCUGAAGUUACAGGAUUGUCUUGCUGAAGCUCAACAAUUGGUAGAUGUUUUUCUUUUUGAAAUUGUUGGAGAACUGAUUUGGGAAUGUCCAAGACUUGUCCAGAUAAGACAUAAAAAAGACACUAGCCAGUUGAUGGGAGAUGCUCCCUCAACUGAAGAUUUGAUAUGCUUAGCUAAAGUUAGCAAAGACGUAACUAAGUGCUCUGAAGAAUCCUAUGACUCGAUUAAAUCGUCAGAGAAAGAAACGUCCAAUAAUGAAAAACAACGUAUGAUUUGUUGCACAAUGAAAAGGUUGGAAGACUGUGUUGAUGACAUCUUGGAGAAAGAAUGCAAGAAUCCAGACGCUAACCUAUUGAAGAAAGCACUGGGAAAAUCGGCAAAAAGCAUGGAAGCGGCUUGUAAGGACUUCGACAUGGACACUUGCGGUGUAGCCUCGGUUUCACCGCAGAUUGUCUUAAUGGCAGUAUUGUUACUCAGUUGCAUAUUUUUUCUGAAAACUCCCCAUGUAGCCUGAGAUUUUCAAAGAACGUCUGCAUUUAAUGAAUGUUAACACAUAUUCAUAAAGUAUUUACAUUUCAAACCCAAAACCAAUUAAAAACAAAACUAUUAAAGAUGACAACGGUCUAACAGAUUAAAUUAAAUUAUUAGGCAAAGUGUGAAAUAAGUUACGUUAUUUUUGUUAAAUAAUAGUAUGCAGAAAUAAUUCAUUUUUACUGAAAAUCAAAUUUUCAUCGUCUAUGGCAUUUAUAGGCUACUCUUUUAGUCUAGACUUAAUGAACUGAUAAAUAAAGACUACAUUUCAUAUUUUUCUGUGUUGUAGUCAUAUAGUAUCUGUUAUUAUAGUCGUUCUUUCCAUACGUGUUUUUGUGAUUAAAUCAAAUAUGUAAUUUGUCUCCUAUACCAAAUAUUUCAGUAUAAUAAAUACGUUUCAAUAUCUGAACCAAACAAUG